GCGCGUGGGCGUGGGUCCAUUUCGAGGAAGAGGCCUCUUGAGGGAUUCCUUGAGAUCGGUUUGUGCAUUCACACAUGAUUUCUACUUUCUAACCCUAACGAAGGCGCAGCUCCAAACUCUGAUCAGGCCCCCAAAAAAAAAAAACAUGGCAGCAACCGGUGGUUCCAGCAGCGCGUCGGCGACCCAGUACGACGUGUUCUUGAGUUUCAGAGGGCCCGACACUCGCAACACCUUCACCGACUACCUCUACCGGACCAUGGUCGGCCAGGGGAUCGUCGCCUACAGAGACAGCGAAGAGCUUCACGCUGGUGAUAGGAUCGACGAUCUCCUGAGAGCGGUCAGCAACUCCAAGAUCUGCAUACCGGUCCUCUCCAGAGGCUAUGCUUCGAGCGCUUGGUGCCUCCGCGAGCUCGCUCGAGUGACGGAGCUCCAUGAAUCGACUGGGAAGCCGGAGAUCCUACCCAUCUUCUUUGAUGUCACGCCCACCGACGUCAAGCUCAGGACGGAAAUGUACCUGAAGGACUUGGAGAAGCAUGAGCAGAGGCACGGUGCCGAGAUGAGGCAACAGUGGGAGGCGGCUCUGGGAAAAGUGGCUGAGAUCAAGGGAUGGGAAGUCCAAGGGAAAGCACAAGGUGAAGUCAUUGAACUCGUGAAUAACAUUCUGCGUGAGCUGAAAGUAAGUUUUGAAGUGGAUCAGACCUCUGGGGUAGACGAUAGGAGUGUCAGACGAAGGAUCACCUCAUGGAAAAAGGGUAAGCUGUUGGGAAAGGGGUCAUUUGGAGAGGUCUAUCAAGCCUUAACCAAUGAUGGAUUCUUUUUUGCUGUAAAGGAGGUGUGUUUCUUAGAUCAAGGAAGCCACGGCAAGGAGAGCUUGUUGCAAGAAAUUUCUAUUUUAAGUCAGCUUCAACAUGAGAACAUAGUUCAAUAUUACGGCACUAAGGAGGAUGAUAAGAAGCUUUACAUAUUCCUUGAGCUCAUGACUGAAGGUUCACUUGAAACACUUUAUCGCCAAUAUAACUUGAGUGAUCUCCAAGUCUCUGCAUACACUAAGCAGAUUCUAAAUGGUCUAAAGUAUCUUCAUGACCAGCAUGUGGUACACAGGGAUAUUAAAUGUGCUAACAUAUUGGUUGAUGCAAGAAGUUGUGUGAAACUUGCAGACUUUGGAUUGGCAAAGGCAAUCAAAAAGAAUGAUGCUAAAUCCUCCAAAGGAAGUUUUCGUUGGAUGGCACCUGAGGUCGUCAAUCCAAAAAACAAAAGCUAUGGAUUGGCAGCUGAUAUUUGGAGCCUAGGGUGCACUGUUUUAGAGAUGUUAACCCGCCAGUAUCCAUAUUCCCACUUAGAAGAAGCGCCAGCAGUGUUCAAAAUUGGCCAGGGUGAACUUCCUCCACUUCCCCCUUCUUUAUCAAGAGAUGCAGAAGACUUCAUCUUAAGUUGCUUGGAAGUAAACCCGAAUAAGCGGCCUUCUGCAGCGCAGUUGCUAGACCAUGCCUUUGUGAGGAAGCCACCUACUCCUGGUUGUGCCUCACCUUGUUUCAACAACAUGUUUUGCUAGGCCAUCCCUUUUGGUCCAUUGCUGAAGGUAA